AUGGAUAAUUUUUCCUCCCAGCCCAACUUCAAUGCUUCCUGUACUGAUGUGGAUUUUGGUUGCUAUGGGACAGGACAACAUGUACACAACAUGACAGCUCCGCAGCUGAUUCCUAAGUUCUACAUUGCCGUACCCAUCAUCUACUCUGUGAUCUGUGCUGUUGGGCUCACUGGAAACUCUGCAGUCAUUUAUGUCAUCCUAAAAGCUCCCAAAAUGAAGACCGUCACCAACAUUUUCAUUCUGAACUUGGCCAUUGCUGAUGAGCUCUUCACGUUGGUACUUCCUAUCAACAUAGCAGACUACCUGCUGCUUCAGUGGCCCUUUGGCGAAUUCAUGUGCAAGCUGAUCAUCUCCAUCGACCAGUACAACACUUUUUCAAGCAUUUAUUUCCUAACAGUCAUGAGCAUCGAUAGAUACCUGGUAGUGGUUGCCACCAUCAAGUCAAAGAAAAUGUGCUAUCGCACCUACAGGGCCGCCAAGACAGUGAGUCUCUGUGUCUGGGUUUUUGUCACCAUCAUCAUAUUGCCAUUCAGUAUCUUUGCCAAGAUACACACUGAAGAGGGACGAUCCCAGUGUGUCUUUGUCUUUCCCAGCCCAGAGGGAUUCUGGUGGAAAGUGAGCCGCCUCUACACCCUGAUCUUGGGUUUUGCCAUCCCGGUGUCUACCAUCUGCAUCCUGUACAGCACCAUGCUCUUCAAACUGAGGCGUAUGCGGCUCCACAGCAACGCUAAAGCUUUGGACAAAGCGAAAAAGAAAGUGACAAUAAUGGUGCUGAUCAUAUUGGGCGUUUGCCUGUUCUGUUGGACCCCUUAUCACCUGAGCACUGUGGUCGCCCUCACCACAGACAUCCCACAAACCCCUCUGAUAAUUGGAAUCUCCUAUUUCAUCACCACCUUGAGCUAUGCUAACAGUUGCCUCAACCCAUUCCUUUACGCCUUUUUAGAUGAUACUUUCCGGAAGAGUUUCCGAAAGUUGGUUGAAUGUGGAACUCCGUCAUAA